AUGAAGUUGGCUGUCCUCUAUGCGGUGACCGCUCUGGUUCCAUCCGCUUUUUCUCACUGCCUCAUCACGGGCGCCUACGGAAACGCAAACCAUAAGAUUCGUUCUUACGGUAUCGGGCUCCUCGAAGAUACGAACCGAAGAGUAGAUAGCCGCGUCGACGGCCAAAGAGACUGUACGGUCUUUAGCGACCCAGCAAUGACACCCAAUGGGUCAGGCGCCAGACAGAGGAAAUGCACCCUGUGUCCGGCCGGGUUUGAUACAGAAUGUGGAGCUUGCAGGGGAGUGAAAAACUGUCAAAAAUGCCCACUAUACGAUACGAAUUGUUCAAAAUGUCGAAAGAGACAUCUCCCUGGCUGCGGUCGAACAUAUUACGCUAGCAGUAGCAAAUAUUAUGUUGUUGACCAUCCCGAAUUGAAAGGCACGGAUCCAGCCCGCCCAUUCUACAACAGCGCAUAUAUUCACACUGCAAAUUGGAUCGAAUGGCUGAGGGAGAAGGGUAAAAUACCAAUUGUCACAGCUGGAGGCUGGCUCUGGGUGACUAUGUUCCAGCAGACAACAGAUGGCGCUGGGCCUUACUAUUGUAUGCUUGAUCAAGCGGGGAAAGGAGAGGAAUGGGUCAAUAUGACGGUACCAGUGGUCUCCCCGGGAAUUCAAGGAGCCAGCCCAUGCAACAAUCAGAACUGGGAAUGGCCACUCAAGCUGCCACAAGACUUGAAAUGCACUGGCGAAUACGGCGCCCUCAAAAAUGUUUGUUUGGCCAAAUGUUUUAACGACGCGCCAAACGGGCCUUUUGGUGGCUGCAUUGCCUUCCAGCAAGUCGAAUCAGGGCCUGAUAUGGAUAAAGAACCUAGGUCAUUCGAGACCAAUCCUAAAUGUAGAGGAUUCCAAUAUAGGUUGCCCAUUAACGACGGCCAAAUCAGAUUUUUAGCAGGCGACGACUCUAUCGGUGCAGUUGCAAAGGCAUACAUUCGAGACAUGCUUAAACCUAGGAAAUAG